UUUCGUGUCAUCUUGGUCAUCACCAUGGAUCCACUAUUGACUUCACAGCAAUGAUAAAUAAAAAGAACACCUGUGUUGAGCAGAGCAGGAGGGAGGUAUGUCAAUUAUUAGUCUUAGUACUAGUUGCAUAGUUUUAUGUGAUUUGCAUUUUUGAACGUGUGUAGUUUAUUUAGGUUUUCUUCAGGUGUGAAGAUAAUUUCUUGCAUUUACUUCAUAAAACUUUUGAUUGAUAUUGUCUUAAAUGCAUCCCCUGUCUUUAGGCUGAUCAUUUUCAUAAAGCUGUAUGUGUGUUACCUGUAUUUUAAGUGUCUAGAACAGCAACAUCCAUGUCUUGGAUGUCCCGGCUCAUCACUUUGUGGACCUGCUCCGCUCCGUCCCUGCUCCUCGUGGGGCUCGUGGGCAGGCAGCUGGGGCUCGGGGUCGGUUUGCAGGUGGUUCAGACGCUGAAUUGUUCUCGAUGGGCAACACCAAGUGACAAGGGUGUGUUUGAGGACGGGGAUGUAAUCCUCGGUGGGCUGUUUAAUCUCUAUUAUAUUCCUCCAACUUUAGAGCAUGACUUCACCAGGCAGCCGCAGUACAAAUCGUGCACGGGUUUACAAAAUCUACCCUUACAGUACAUCUAUGCUUUGAUGUUUGCACUUGAUGAAAUCAAUCACAGUCCCACCUUGCUACCAGGUGUGAAGCUGAGCUACUUCAUUCGUGAUAGCUGUGCCUUCCCUACCUGGGCUUUGCAGGCAGCUCUCUCACUGGUUAGCGGAGACACCCCCAGCUGUAAUCCAGCAGCUGGGUUCCUGGAAGCUGCUGGAAUCGGAGCAAAAAAAAGAGACCCACCCAUUCCUUUGAUCAUUGGUGGUGACUCGUCUAUAACAGCCCAGGCACUUUCCAGAAUCCUGGGGCCACUUUCUGUUCCUCUAGUGAGCUACACAGCUAGUUGUCCUUGUUUAAGUGACAGGCGGGAAUAUAGCAACUUCUUCAGAACCAUGGCCAGUGAUAUCUAUCAGGCCCGAGCAUUUGUCCAGCUUGCUUUAAAGUUCAACUGGACUUGGGUUGGAGCGGUCAUAGCGAACAACGACUAUGGCCUUAAUCUCUUAAAGAUUUUUCAGGAGGGAAUUCAGGAGGCAGGGGUGUGUCUGGCAUUUGUGGAGACCCUCCAAAGGGAAUCCAUUGUAAGUGAUACCAAAAGAGCUGCGCUCACAAUUCAGGCUUCAACAGUUAAGGUGAUUUUGGUCUUCACCUGGUACACAGAUGUGAAGGAACUCUUCGUGCAACUAGCCAAUAUAAAUGUGACUGACAGACAGUUUAUUGCCAGCGAGGCUUGGAGCACCAGCAGUGAUCUUCUCAAAGAACCCGCCUCGAGUAAAGUGGCAGGCGGGGUUUUUGGUGUGGCCAUACGGAGCUCAUUCCUACCUGGGUUUGACAGUUACAUCAGAAAACUGAACCCGUCUCUGCGGCCGAAUGAUAAGUUCUUGAGGGAGUUUUGGGAAAACCAGUUUCGCUGUAGUCCUGGGAAGACGAGUCUUUCCACUUCUCUGCCUGCCUGCAACGGCUCAGAGACCCUGGCCGGAGUGCAUAACCUCUUCACCGACACCACCCAGCUCCGGGUGACAUAUAACGUCUAUCUUGCAGUUUAUGCGGCAGCCCACGCCCUUCACACGCUUUUCUCCUGUCCUGACAUUAACAGCCCACCUGGAAACAGUAGCACCUGUUUGGUGCCAAAUCAAAUCUCACCAAGUGAGCUGUUCCAGCAUCUGAGCAACGUGAAGUUCACCACACCACAGGGUGAACUCUUUUAUUUCCAAGGGGCCGACACCACUGCAAAGUACGACCUCUUGAACUGGCAGAAAACCCCCGACGGACAGCUCAAGAUCGCUUUGGUCGGCCGCAUAGACGGCUUUGAUAUGCACCUGAAUGAGUCAGCCAUUCAAUGGCACACGGGGUCCAGUCAGGUGCCUGUUUCAGUGUGCAGUGAAAGAUGUCCACUCGGCACACGAAUGGCCAGCAGGAAAGGAGAACCUAUCUGCUGUUUUGACUGCAUCCCGUGCGCUGAUGGGGAGAUAAGCAACAAAACUGGUGCCCUUCAAUGUGAUCGUUGCCCGACUGAGUUCUGGUCCAACUCUGAGCGUUCAGCCUGCAUCGUUCGCCAGCUGGACUUCCUUGCUUAUAACGAGACUUUGGGCAUWACCCUCACAGCCGUGGCUGUUUCUGGUGUCACAGCAACAACAAUUGUGUUUGUUGUGUUCAUUUAUUAUCGUCAAACACCAAUGGUGCGUGCCAACAACUCAGAGCUGAGCUUCCUGCUCCUCUUGUCUCUGAAGCUGUGUUUCCUUUGCUCGCUGGUGUUCAUCGGUCGUCCCGCAGUGUGGUCCUGUCGAUUCCAGCAGGCGGCUUUUGGGAUCAGCUUCGUACUCAGCAUCUCCUGCCUGCAAGUUAAAACCAUGGUGGUCCUGGCAGCGUUUCGCUCAGCUCGGCCUGGUGCUGAAGCCUUGAUGAAGUGGUUCGGUCCAGCACAGCAGAGAGGAAGUGUCUGCGUCUUCACCUGUGUACAGGUUAUCAUCUGUGUUAUCUGGCUGUCAGUUAGUCCUCCAGUACCUCAGCCUGACUUUGCGGUACCGGGGUUAAAAGUCACCCUGAAGUGUGCCAUGGACUCUGUGGUGGGUUUCUCUCUGGUGCUGGGCUACAUCGGCCUGUUGGGCUGCACCAGUCUCCUCUUGGCAUUUCUCGCCAGGAAACUGCCGGACAACUUCAACGAGGCCAAGCUGAUCACYUUCAGCAUGCUGAUUUUCUGCGCCGUUUGGGUGGCUUUUGUUCCCGCCUACGUUAGUUCACCUGGAAAAUAUGCUGUGGCUGUGGAAAUCUUUGCCAUCCUCGCCUCUAGUUACGGUUUGUUGUUCUGCAUCUUUGCUCCAAAGUGUUUCAUCAUCCUCCUGAGGCCAGAGAAAAACACCAAGAAACAUCUAAUGGCCAGAUAACGAAARCACAGUUAUUCUGGAACAGUGUUGACUAUAAAUAACAUAAGUUAUUAUAAUUUAAUAAUUUCAUAUUUUGUUCAUAAUUAUGAUUAUUUUUUUAUCUUUUAAUUUGAGUUAGUCUUUUUAAACUAUUUGUUGCUAAAGAGUUUCAGCURUAAACUAUGUUGUUCUUUGUUUAAAAUGUUUUCCUA